CCUAAACGUUCACGGGCCUCUGAGGCCUGACGUCUUACAGUGUCUUGACCCUUCGUCUUGCCGCGCACUCCCCUUGGCUCUGCUUCAGCCACCUUGGCAUUGUGUUUCUAGAACGUGUGCUUCCUUCGCCCCUGCCCUUCACUGAGAGGGAGCCCAGUGAUGGCAGCCAUGCCCCUGGAAGCUUGGCACCAGGACCCUUCCUCAGCCCUCACACUGUCAUCUGUGCCCCACACUCUGGCACUGAGCCAGAAGAUUGGCUCUGGGGCAGCAGGAACCUCUUAUUUUAGGAGGUGGUGACCUUCAAGGAUGUGGCUGUGUACUUCACCCGGACAGAAUGGGCUGGCCUUUCUCCUGCACAGAGGGUCCUGUACAGGGAAGUGAUGCUGACAAAUUAUGGAAACUUGACUUCCCUAGGAUCCCCAGUCUGCAGACUUGCCCUGAUCUCACUUCUGGAGGGAGGGGAUUUGCCUUGGCUCCUGGAGGCACAGAGUGACCCACCUGUGAAGAGGACCACAGAUGUCUCAAAAGCCCCUGCCCUUCACUGAGGGAGCCCAGGUGAUGGCAGCCAUGCCCCUGGAAGCCCGGCACCGGGAGGUGAUGACCUUCGAGGACGUGGCUGUGUACUUCACCCAGGCAGAAUGGGCUGGCCUUUCUCCCGCACAGAGGGCCUUAUACAGAAGUGUGAUGUUGGAGAAUUAUGGGAACUUGACAUCCCUGGGAUACCCAAUUCCCACACCUGCCCUGUUCUCACUUCUGGAGGGAGGGGAUUUGUCCUGGGGCCUGGAGGCACAGGAUGACCCACCUGCAGAGAGGACCACAGACAUCUGUAAAGAUACUGAGGCCAACAUUGACAAUGAGUCCACAUCAACCCAGGGAAUUUCUGAAGAAAGAGACAUGAUGUUGUCACAUGGUCUGCAGAAGAGUGUUGUUCAGAGAACCAACUUCCUAGAAACAUGUAAGCUGGAGAAGCACCAGGAAAUCCCCACAGUGAAAAAUAUUAGAGGAAAGGUUCCAAGAAUCCACUGUGAUAGGAAACCCUUCAGAUGUCAGGAGUGUGGGAGAUGCUUCAGCUUUCUUUCUUACUAUGUUAGACACCAGAGAAUCCACACUGGGGAGAAACCCUUUGAGUGCAUUGAGUGUGGAAAAGCCUUUAAUGGCAAUUCUUCAUUAAUUCGGCAUCAGAGAAUCCACACUGGAGAGAAACCCUAUCAGUGUGAGGAGCGUGGGAGAGCCUUCAAUGAUAAUGCAAAUCUCAUCAGGCAUCAGAGAAUCCAUAGUGGGGACAGACCCUAUCUCUGCACAGAGUGUGGAAAUAGUUUCACCAGUAGUUCUGAAUUUGUGAUACAUCAGAGAAUCCACACUGGAGAGAAACCUUACGAGUGUAACGAGUGUGGAAAAGCUUUUGUUCGUAAUUCACCACUACUUCGACAUCAGAAAAUCCACACUGGAGAGAAACCCUAUGAAUGUAAUGAGUGUGGCAAAAGCUUCAGAAGGAAUUCCCAUCUUAGCCAACAUCAGCGUAUUCACACAGGGGAAAAGCCUUAUACUUGUGAAAUAUGUGGGCAAGCCUUCAAUUUUCAUACAAAAUUAACUCGGCAUCAGAGAGUCCACAGCGAGGAGAAACCCUUUGACUGUGUAGGUUGUGGAAAAGCCUUUAGUGCUAAGGAACAAUUGAAAAGGCAUCUACGAAUCCAUAUUCAGGAGUCUUCCUAUGUAUGUGGUAAGUGUGGAAAAGUCUUCACUAGGAAAAGAAAUCUUCUUCAGCAUCAAAGAAUCUAUACUAGAGAGAAACCCUAUGAGUGUGUGAAGUAUGAAAAAGCCUUCAGGACUUCUUCCCAGCCAGGUCAUGUCCAUCCUGGAGAGAAGCCUGUGCUGGACAUUUGUCGUUUUGGCCUCCCAGAAUUUUUUACCCCCUUUUACUGGUGAUAGUACACUAAAUUUCCUGUUGGAUUCCAUCUUCUGCUCAGGAGUGGAAUGUGUGACACAGGCCUGGCUCAGCUGCAGAUUCCUUCCCGCAAGCCAUGGCUGUUGGUUCACAUGUCAGUAGGUGAAUCAAGAUGGUCCAUUUAGAGUCCCAGGACCUGGCAAGAGUUAACAGGAAGACAUACUCUCUUUUUUUCCCCUUUGUCUUAAAGCUGAUAGGAACUCCUGGAUUCUUGUGGAGGCUGAGAAUAGUCAGCACAGCAAAAGAGAUAGCAGAGUUGGAGAAUAAUCAAACCUUGAAGAUUCUGCUGGAACAACCACAUUAAACCAUAUCUGAACCUAGAAAUACAUCUGGGUUUUAGAAUUCCAGUAACCAAUAAAUUCGAGUUUUGUUUUUGUUUUGGUUUUUUGCUCAAGCAAGUUGAGUUAGGUUUUCUUUCCUUGGAACAGAGUCUUGACUUAUGCAGAACCUUAUCAGUGUAACAGUUAUUUUAAGUCUUCAGGGAUAACAGACCUGAUGAAGGAGAAAUGUUUUGUUUGUAUGAUGUGUGGGAAGGUUUUUAGCUAUAGUCCUGGCAGUCCCCAAACCCCAUGACUGAAGAGAAUGGGAAACCCAUUGUAAUACUUCUGCCCAGGCUACAUCAGAAUGCCAGUGAACAGAACAAAAGUUGGUGUUAGUAUGUCUGCAUCAUUGAAUCCAUUCUCAAGAGAAGUCUCACGUAUGAAACCAAAAGCCAUCACUCUUAAAGCUUUCAUUUUCUGUUGACUCAGUUUUCGUUUGGAAUGGAUGCUAUUCUAGGCAUUAAACUG